CCAAAUUGAUCCGAUCAACGGAAUGCUCACGCACGUCCGGUGCGUCAAUCGGUCGGCUCGUUUCAUCAUCCAUCCCCCACCACGAUCUCUCUGCUGGCGUGUACCGCCUUGUACUCGACUCUUCUCCGUCUUCCCACAGUCCGCCGUGCUCUCUCCCGACACCCUUCUCUUUUUCUCCUGUUGGCGCGGGCCCGGUUCUAGUUAACCAAAUGUUAGCCGGUUGGCACAGUCAGCCGGCAGCUUUCGCACUGUUAACUCGUCCUUCUUCCGGGAUCCUCCAAAUGUCGGGAAUACUUGAGCAUACGUUCGCUGGAGAUUUUGCAACAGUUGUUGAGAGAUUGACUUUUUUGGAGCGGAUUUCCCUGACCGACUUGAUCCAAGAUCGAUCUUGAGGUUCCAGGCAUGAAACGGACGACACGUGGUCAGGAUGACGGGGAAAAAGAAGCAUCUCGUAGUUAAGGUAUCCCGUCGAAUACGCGAACCGCCCAGCGAAUUAGUAAAUUGAAAUCUCCGCGAAGAAUUCAGACGCGUGCACCAGCGCGAUGAUCGAGGAUUGAUUCGGCAAUCGGUGUCAAAAGUGAAACCUGCUUGAUAAACAUCGAAAAAGACCCGACAGAGACCUCUUGGCGAUCUGCUGCAACUGAAAUGAACAUUGUAGCUAAAUCUUCAUUUCGAUGGAGAAACAUUUAAACUGAUUGAAAUUAAUUCCAAUUGAAACGGAUUUUUCAUCGAGCGAGACGGACUCGGGAGUAUCCAAACUUUUACAGAAACUGAGAAACGCAGUGUAAAGGUGUAUCGAUACAUGUCUUUUAAUUAUGAAGAGAGUAAAUGAAAUGAAUUCUCGACGGCAAAUGUAGUAUCGUAGAAUGUGAAGCUGAUAGUGUCCUACCUGAAGAUGAGCUAAGAAAGUGGCGAAGGUAGGACAAUUAUAGAGGGAAGAAACACAGUUUUUAUAAGUAUUACUUAGCCACUUGAACGCUACCAGAGACGAGAUAAGAAAGAAAUAAGGAAAAAAAAUAGGGCAGAAAUACGCGAUAGAGAGACUUGCUCGUUGCUCGACCUUCUUUUUUUGCCAGAUAGCACGGAGAUGAAUGGUACGCAGGAAAACGAACUUUGGAUAUUUGGAUACGGGUCGCUCUGCUGGUAUCCCGGUUUCUCGUACAACAAAAGUACAACCGGCUAUGUGAAGGGCUACAGCAGGCGAUUCUGGCAGGGCAACACUACGCAUCGUGGAACGGCCGAAAAGCCUGGGCGAGUGGCCACCCUAAUCGAGGACAAAGAGGCUGUAGUUUAUGGACGAGCGUUUCAACUUCAAGACACUGAGGCGUUAUCCUAUUUAGAGAGCCGCGAGUGCGUUUUAGGAGGAUACCUGACGACCGUCACGACAUUUCACAGCCGGGACGGGAAUAAGCAAUUCCCUGUAGUAAUUUACAUCGCCACCAACAAGAACGAGCAGUGGCUCGGCGAGGCAUCGUUGCAGACUAUAGCGCGUCAAAUUACCGAAUGUUCCGGUUCGAGCGGACAUAACGUCGAGUACCUCUUGCGCUUGGCGGAGUUUAUGCACCGUUAUUUGCCGGAGGCACAUGACGAGCACCUCUUCACGCUGGAAAUAUUGGUGCGUUCGCAAAUAAAGGAGGAGAGCAUGUGCUUGGCGAUGCUGAUGGGAAAUCACGACUUCGUCAUCGACCUCGACGAGGACGCGGAAUCGGCCGUCCGCGCCGAGGAAGUUAACGGGCGACCCCGGGAGAACUCUUUUCAAUUCAGCACGCGGAUUCCGUCCAAGAGCUUGCGUUGCGUAAAAAUGUAGCCAAUGAGAUUGCACAGUUGUGUCUUUCAACUUUGACCGCAGAUCGAAGAAAUGGAGGAAGCGGCAGCUUACUUCCUUAUGAGAGAGAAUCAUCCCUGUUUAAAAUAAUUUCUUACGUGAAAAUUCAGAGCCGCGGACUUUGCAUUGCAGUAUCCCUACUCGUGGGGCAUGUGGGACAACAAUAGAAACACUUUUAUUAUGCAAACCGUACCCAAGCUAUCGCUUGAGUGCACUUAGAAGUUGGUCGGAUCUGCCGUUGUUGAGAUCCGAAAAUCUGUGGGCCUGUCAACUCGCGUAAACUACACGGUCGGUCUCGCGCACGCGGUUCUAGCGAGCUUAUACUUGACACUACCGUGUCUCGUGAUAGAUAGAAUACGAUUAGAUUACAUUAGAUUGUAAUGCAGUUUCAAUGUAAAUUAACAGGGCGUCCAGUGGUCAGGGAAAUCUGGAAAACCGGGAAUUUUAGAAAUUUGGAAAUGUCAGGAAAAAGUCGGGGAAAUUUUUUCAUUGAGUUUGCUGGACACUGAUUAAUAAGAUUAUAUUUACAUCGAAAUUGCACGUAAUCUAAUGUAAUCUGAUCAUAUUCUAAUAUUUUAAGCAGGGAUGCAAUUCAAGUACAAAUUUCCAUAUAAAUAAAAGUGCGUAAAUUAAUAGCGAGAUCACAAUUCUUGUAGAGACAUUGAAAGAAUCUUAAAUUAGAGAGACAAGUAACUAACUGAAAGAAGAGAAGUAUAAAGAAAAGAAGCUAUCUAUUAGCCUCUAAAUUUAAAAGGCAGUUAGCUGCAAAUUUCUUUGGGAAUAUGAUCUCGCUACUGAUAUACAUCUUCCUUGGGGGAUGUUUGUGAGACGGUUGCGCAAUUUUGUAUCGUCCAACGAGCUGGACACGUGUACAUUUGGAAUUUCUUUACUACUUUAACAUAGACAGCAUUAUCUCUCUUAUUAUUUUAAUACACUAAGAAUUAUAAUCGCCAAGUUGCGGAUAAAAAUAUAAACGAAAUACUUUUUUUAA